ACAAACACAGAGGAGAUGAAUAACUCUACAGUGAACUUCACCACACCUGAAGCAUCUACAAACUCCACAACUCAGUCCAUUGGACUUCUGGACAGUCUGGAAAUCUGUGUUUACAGCAUCAGUUUUCUGUUUGGUCUUCCUACACACAUCUAUGUUAUAUGGCUCAUCAUCACAGGAGCAGGAAGUGGAGUUGCAUCAGAGUUCUUCAUCCUCAAUUUCUCUAUUUCUGAGGCUGGUUUCUGCGUGAAUUGUUUGACCUUUGUACUGUCAGUGUGGUUUUCAUUUAUAGUGCAAUUUAAACUAUUUUUAGUAGGACUAAUCACUACUGGUCGUCCUCUUUUUCAGAGUCUGAUCUGUGUUGAGCGUUAUCUGGCAGUGGUUCAUCCUGUAACCUUUCUGAAGUACAAACCUCUCAGAUAUAGAGUGAUCUGCUGCACUGUGGUCUGGAUAAUUAUUUUUGGUUCCUGUUUGUGCUGCAUGUAUACUAUAGACGAACACAACAUUGUUCAUAUGUGGUUCUUGUCACUGCAGUUCCUCCUCUUCUUCUUCAUCCAGUUGUUUUGUCUUGUGGCUGUUCUCAGAGCUCUGAAGCAGUCAGGACCAGGAGAGAGAGGGAGAGCGAGAGUAGAAGAAAACUACAAGAAGAGAAGAGCGUUUUAUCUCAUUCUAAUAACUACUGUGACCAUGGUUAUCACAUAUAUUCCAUAUAGUAUUGGAGGAUUUUUUACCAUUGCCAGAACAAAGCUUAUUCCUGCAUAUUGGUUUCCUGGUUUGGUUUGUUAUGUGCUGUCUGGUUUUGUUCAGCCUGUUCUUUAUCUUCACCGCACUGGAAAACUCUCCUGCCCUGUCUCUUAUAAGACCUGCUAUUUUAAUAUAAUAUGAAAUUAAAUUACACAAAUAUUACUUGGAACUUUUACUUGGGAAAAUUGUAAAUCACUUUUGUAUUCUUGCAGCUGAUUUUUCACCGUCUAAAAAUUAAGGUUUUAGUAGGGUUUUUUUUUAAUCUUAUGUCAUUUUAUAUGUUAUGUAUUUGCAGUUUUGGGACUCUUUGUCAUUCACUGUUUAUUCUGUGAGUUGCAGCACCAUAAACUGAAUUAUAGCUGUAUAUUUGGUUGUUCAAGUCAGAUUUAU